GGAGGAGUCCUUGGCAGGGAUAAAUACACGUUCGCACCUGAGAGGGUCCAGCACCCGGACAGGCGGCGGCUUUGGCAUCCUCUUACUACACCCAGCUCUCCGAGGCAGAGUCAAGGGCAAAAGAAAUGUCAUUCCUUCUGGCCCUGGGGCUGCUAGUGGCUGGACUCUGCCCUGCUGUCCAUGGCCUCCCAGGGGCUGUGACAGAACAGAAGAUUGUGACCCAGGGGGGCCAGAGCAAGGAGACCCCCGUGGACCUCCUCAGGUUUGCCUCCAGCAACACCGACUUUGCCUUCAGCCUCUACAGGCAGUUGGCUUUGAAGAACCCCAAUAAGAAUGUCGUCUUCUCCCCGAUGAGCAUCUCCAUGGCCUUGGCCUUCGUGUCUCUGGGGGCCCGGGACACCACCCUGACAGAGAUCCUCAGCGGCCUCAAGUUCAACCUCACGGAGACCUCUGAGGCAGAAAUCCAUCAGGGCUUCCAGUACCUCCUGCGCGCCUUCAGCCAACCCGACAUCCCGCUGCAGCUGAGCGUGGGCAACGCCAUGUUCAUCCAAGAGAAGCUGGAGCUGCUGGACAAGUUCAAGGACGAUGCCAAGGCGCUGUACGCCUCUGAGGCUUUCUCCACCAACUUCCGGGACUCCGCCGCGGCCAAGAAGCUCAUCAAUGACUAUGUGGAGGAGAAGACCCAGGGGAAAAUUGUGGAUUUGAUGAAGAGCCUUGAUGCAGCAACAGUGAUGGUCCUUGUGAAUUACAUCUUCUUUAAAGCCAAGUGGAUGACGCCCUUCGAGCCCUACGCCACCAUGGAGUCCCAGUUCUACGUGAGCCCGAGGGAGCCGGUGAUGGUGCCCAUGAUGAGCCUGAAUAACCUGCGCACGCCCUACUUCCGGGACGAGGAGCUCUCCUGCACGGUGGUGGGGCUGCGGUACACCAGCAACGACAGCAUGCUCCUCGUCCUCCCGGACCAGGGCAAGAUGGAGGAGGUGGAGGCCGCACUGCUCCCGGGGACGCUGAGGAGGUGGACGGGCUCACUGCAGAUGAGACCGAUAGACCUCUCCCUGCCGAGGUUCUCCGUCUCCAGCAACUACAACCUGGAAAAGAUACUCCCCCACCUGGGCAUGAGGAAAGUCUUCACCACCGAGGCUGACCUGUCGGGGAUCACAGGGGGCAAGAACAUGCAGGUCACUCAGGUGGUCCACAAGACCCUGAUCAACGUGGGCGAGAACGGCACGGAAGCAGCUGCCGCCACAGCAAUCGCUAUUUCCCUCACGUCCAUGAGAUUCCCAGAGAUCAGCGUGACAUUCAACAGGCCCUUCCUUUUAGGCAUACUCUCCAACGACACCCAGAGCCUCCUCUUCUUGGCCAAAGUCGUCAACCCCAAGGAAACCUAGCGCCCCUCUCCAAGCUGGCUGGGGGAGGGGGGGGCCUUCCCGCUGAGGGUGCCGGGGUCUCUGGGCACAGCCUGGCCCCGCUUGCUCAUUCUUGGAAAAGUGCCAGGGACUCUGCCUGGUGGCUCCUACACGCAAAAGAAGUCUACGGACUCUUUGUCCAGGGGCUCUGAGGCUCUCCAGAAGCAAUAAACCAUCUUCCUUGGA